GGGGAAGCGGGCUCGUACUAAACCCUCCUUGGCUCCCGGGUUGGAACGUUCUACCUUUUGCACUCCUUGCCUCUGUGUUCAUAGAAACGAGUACUCUCUCUUGACUAAAUAUAGGGAAAAGUUUGCUGUAAAUUUACAUCAUUGGUGAUAAGUGCUACGCAUUGUAAUCUCAAACCUGUUCUCAUCCGAAAAAAAUAUUUCGUUCGUGAAGGAAGUCUGUGCCAAUGAAAAGGUAACGAACACCGCCAUCCUUUAACCGUCGCACCGCCCUCGCCGUCCCAGUGCACACUCGCAUACCUGUUGAACAGCACCACGCUCCCGCAUUUUCCAAUUUCUUGUUUGCUACAAGAAACUGCUACUAAAUUGUAAAAGGUCUCCCCAACAAGAUGGGAUUCUUCAGCCGAUUCGCCUUGUUCGUUCUGAACUUCCUAGUGUUUGGAGUGGGCGUGGCCACAGUGGUACUCGCUUCAAUUUUCAUCUCCAAGAACGGCGAAUAUGGAAGCUUGCUUGCUAAGGGGACCUUCACCUUACCGAUUUGUAUCCUGAUAGCCGGCCUUUGUAUCCUCCUCCUGGGCUUCUUCGGCUGCUGCGGCGCCUUGAAAGAGAACUCCUGUAUGCUUUACACGUAUUCGGCUAUCGUCAUGGUCCUGUUUAUCGCCGAAGUGGUCUUGGGUAUCCUGAUCUUUGUCUACACCGAUGAAGCUGAAGAAAUCCUUACCAAAGGAAUGGAAGGCGUCUUCAAUGACUACGGGCAGCAAGAUGAAGCUCUCACUAAAUCUCUUGAUUUGGCUCAACAAGAGCUUCACUGUUGCGGAAUUCAUGGAUACCAGGAUUGGAAGAACUUUACCUAUGGAGAAGGAACCGGUAAUGUGGCUAUGGGUUGCUGCUUAAAGCAAACCGACAACUGCAACCAAGGAGUAGCAGAUAAACCAGUAUCAGAAGCAGAGGAAGUCAUCUACACUCAGGGGUGCUAUCAAGCUAUCAAGGAUGAUCUGCAAAGUGUUGUGGUUGCUUUGGGAGUGACCACUUUAAUUCUAGGUCUCGUUCAGCUUGCAAGUAUUAGCUGUGCUUGCGGUCUUGCCAAGAAUUCCAGACAAUACGCGUAAAGGCUUUGAGAGGGAGGAGGCGACGGUGGUGGGGCAACCCAUUCUUCAAGCCUUCUGUUGGAGCCCACGCGACUGAUUUUCAUGUGGUGAAUUUUCUAUCUUCAUAUUUAUCAAAUUCGAUUAUGGAUGAAAUUAUUCACCUUGCAAAGGUUAUUACAAGUUUGUAAUAUUUUAAUUCUAUAUAAAACAAGGAACCACUGGAACCCAAAUGUCCAGAAAUCCCCAAUCCCAGUACAUAAUUACAGGGAGGAUUUCGUAAUUAAAUAUCAAACUCGGUGCUUUUUGAUUUUCAACAGUGAUUGUCCAUUUUGUGCAAUUCUCAAUCGUGUAGCGUUUUGUGAGUUGCCAUGUAUGGACAAAGUGAACGUGAUUUAAUAAAAAUUUCUAAUACCUUU